GCCAAAAUGGGGCCAGGCUACGCCGCCGCCGUGCGCGGCCUGGGCAUCGCCGUGGCGGCCGCGCUCCUCCUAUCGUGCCAGUGCGCGGCGGCGCAACCGUCGGCGGGCUCCGGCUGCAUGCCGGAGCUGGUCCGCCUGUCGCCGUGCAUGGACUACCUGUCGGGCAACGCCACGACGCCCGACGGGCCGUCGUGCUGCUCGGCGCUGUUGGGCACGCUGACGUCGAGCCCGGGGUGCCUCUGCAUGGUGCUCGGCGGCACGGCCGCGUCGCUCGGCGUCGCCGUCGACGGCGCCCGCGCGGCGCAGCUGCUCGGGGCGUGCAAGGUCCAGGCCCCACCUGCCAGCCAGUGCAACGCCGUGGGAGCUCCAACGUCGUCUCCGGCGGCGCCGAGGACAACGACACCGGGGGUUCCGGCCGCGGCGGCGCCGUCAGACGCCAACGCGAACCCUGCAGGUACUGGAUCGAAGUCUACACCAGCAUCCACCCUGCCAUACUCUGACGGAAGCACAGGCAAGCCUGGAGCGAUCUUCAUCUUCGCCGCCGCAGCACUGGCGUUUCUCCAUCGUUUCUGAGAUGCUGCGAGAGCUUCCUGUGUUCGUCACGGACGAACGAUCGUUUCACACGAGCAGCUUGUACAGUUUGCGGUGUUGAUUGCUUCAUGAUUCAGAGGGAUGGAGCAUCAUUUGAUCCUUUUUGAACAUAAAGCAUCAUUUGAUGCAUUUCAGAGUUCAGAAUCAGAGGCUGCGUAUUUUGAA